CGAAAGAUGAAUUGGAUAAACAAUGAUGAAAGCAAAACAAACACAGCGGAGGACGAAAAAUCGAAACCCGUACAAUGGAAAAUUUAAGACGGGAGGAUUACGGAGGUGGGAAGUGGGGCGGUGGCCGUAACCGUAGCCACAACAUGUCAAAUUCUAGUAAUAACAAUGGCAGAUAAGUUACUAAAAAAACCCUCAAAAGGGAUAUUGAAAAAUUCGAGCAGCUUCGACAAACAGGAUACACAAAGAAAAUCCUUAAAGGGCACGACGUGGGACGAGAUGAACAUCCUGGCGACGUUACAUCCCGCGGACAAGGACUACGGCCAUAUGAAGAUCGACGAGCCGAAGACUCCGUACAACUUCAUGGACGCAGACCACGUCGAUGGGCUCAAUCUGGCAGCUCUCGAGGAGAAGAUGAGGGCCAGCGGGAAUGAACCCCCGAAGGCGCUUCUGGGGCAAGACGACUCGGACGAAGACGACGACUUAACCCCGGACGAGAAGGCCAGGAAGCGGGAGUUCCAGAAUAGGCGCAAGAAGCACUACAAUGAGUUUUAUGCGGUGAAGCUAGCUCGGAAGCUGCUGGAGGAGGAAGACGAUUCGGACACUUCGCCGAAAGGGUCGCCUUCCCCCAAACAGAGUCCAAAACAUAAGGCACAGAAUCAAAGCACUUCGAAACAUUAAUUGCCAAAUUCGAUUUGUUUAAUAGUAUCAUUUCCCAUGUCUUGUAGAAGCGGAAUCGACGAUUAUGCCAUAAGAAAGUGAUAAAUUUUUGAGAUUUCGCUGUUUUUUUAAGCGCUGAUUUAAGCUCCAUUGGCUGUGGUGAUAGUUUGCUAAUGUUUUAAUACUGUUACCGAAUCGGUAUCAUUUGCUUUUUUUUCUGGGUUGUAUUACAGGCCACGACCAAAAUUUUUAUGUUACGGUUUAUUUACAGACGAGCAACUGACGCUGGCGGGAGUCAUAUUUUUUAUAAAUACAUAUAUUUAGAUAUCAGAUCUUUUCAGGUUAUUAUUUAAUUAAUAUUUAUUUGUUUAGUUUAAAUAAAUGUGAAAAGUUGUAUAUUCUAGUUAUUUCUAUAAAGCAAAGUCGAGUUAUUGUGUAUAGAGAUAAUAUAAAAUUCAAGACCUAAUAAUUAUUAUUAAGUGUUUCAAUUGAAAAUAAAUAAAAAUCGGAUUCUAACAUGUAAAGUCUCAAUAAAGACAUAUUGAAAUA